CAAUGGCGUCCUCCUCUGCACCUCGUGUAUCGAAGUACGACGUCUUCCUCAGCUUCCGAGGAGAAGACACCCGAAAAACAAUCGUUAGUCAUUUAUACGCAGCACUUGAUAGCAGAGGAAUUGUUACUUUCAAAGACGACCAAAGGCUUGAGAUAGGAGAUCACAUUUCUGAUGAACUCCGCAGAGCACUAGGGAGUUCGAGUUUCGCUGUUGUGGUUCUCUCCGAGAACUACGCUACUUCCAGGUGGUGCUUAUUGGAACUUCAACUGAUAAUGGAGCUUAUGAAAGAGGGAAGACUUGAAGUAUUUCCCAUCUUCUAUGGAGUAGAUCCUUCCGUGGUGAGGCAUCAGCUAGGAAGUUUCGCUUUAGAAAAGUAUCAAGGUCCUGAAAUGGCGGAUAAGGUUCUCAGGUGGAGAGAAGCUCUUAACCUAAUCGCCAAUCUUUCAGGCGUGGUUUCAAGCCACUGCGUUGAUGAGGCUAUAAUGGUUGGAGAAAUUGCCAGAGAUAUUUCAAGACGUGUGACAUUGUUGCAUAAAAUAGACUCUGGCAAUAUUGUUGGGAUGAAAGCUCACAUGGAAGGUCUUAAUCAUCGCUUGGAUCUGGAAUCCAAUGAGGUUCUCAUGGUAGGAAUCUGGGGAAUGGGAGGAAUUGGGAAAACCUCCAUUGCUAAGUGUCUCUAUGACCAGCUUUCACCUAAAUUUCCAGCUCAUUGUUUCACAGAAAACAUUAAGAGUGUUAGUAAAGAUAUUGGCCAUGAUCUAAAGCAUUUGCAAAAAGAAAUGCUCUGCAAUAUCCUCUGUGAUGAUAUUAGGUUAUGGAGCGUGGAAGCUGGAUGCCAAGAGAUAAAGAAGAGACUUGGGAAUCAGAGGGUUUUUCUUGUGCUUGACGGUGUGGAUAAAGUGUCACAGGUGCAUGCUUUGGCAAAAGAUAAAAACUGGUUUGGUCCUGGGAGCCGAAUUAUCAUAACUACUCGAGAUAUGGGCUUGCUCAAUACCUGUGGAGUAGAAAUCGUUUAUGAGGUUAAGUGCUUGGAUGAUAAGGAUGCCCUCCACAUGUUUAAACAGAUUGCUUUUGAAGGAGGACUUCCUCCUGAUAGUUUUGAGCAACUCUCAAUCCGAGCUUCUCGGCUUGCUCACGGGCUUCCUUCUGCCAUUCAAGCUUAUGCCUUAUUUCUCCGUGGAAGGACCGCGACUCCUGAUGGGUGGGAAGAAGCAUUGAGUGCACUUGAAAGCAGUCUUGACGAGAAUAUAAUGGAAAUCUUGAAAAUCAGCUACGAGGGCUUACCAAAACCACAUCAGAAUGUAUUCCUUCAUGUUGUCUGUCUCUUCAAUGGAGACACUCUCCAGCGUAUCACUUCCCUUCUUCAUGGCCCCAUACCUCAGAGUAGCCUGUGGAUAAGAGUUUUAGCAGAGAAAUCUUUCAUCAAAAUAUCAACUAAUGGAUCUGUAAUCAUGCACAAGUUGGUAGAACAAAUGGGUAGAGAAAUUAUCCGCGACAAUAUGUCUUUGGCUCGAAAAUUCCUCAGGGAUCCUAUGGAAAUUCCUGAUGCCUUGGCUUUCAGAGACGGAGGAGAACAAACUGAAUGCAUGUGCCUACACACGUGUGAGUUGACCUGUGUGUUGUCCAUGGAGGCCAGUGUUGUUGGCCGUAUGCAUAAUCUCAAGUUUCUCAAGGUUUACAAGCAUGUAGAUUACAGAGAGUCGAAGCUGCAACUCAUUCCAGACCAACAGUUCCUGCCUCGUAGCCUACGGCUAUUCCAUUGGGAUGCAUUUCCAUUGAGAGCCCUGCCUUCCGGCUCUGAUCCAUGUUUUCUUGUUGAACUCAAUCUGCGUCACAGUGAUUUAGAAACUCUCAGGAGUGGAACACCGAUGUUGAAGAGUUUGAAGAGACUAGAUGUGACGGGAUCUAAGUAUCUCAAGCAACUUCCAGAUCUUUCAAGUAUCACGAGUCUUGAGGAAUUGCUUCUGGAACAAUGCACGAGACUGGAUGGCAUUCCAGAGUGUAUUGGAAAAAGGUCUACCCUAAAGAAGCUUAAGCUAUCCUACCGUGGUGGGCGUACUCGUAGAAGUGCCCUGCGUUUUUUUUUACGAAAAUCGACAAGGCAGCAACAUAUUGGAUUGGAGUUCCCAGACGCAAAAGUGAAAAUGGAUGCACUUAUAAACAUAUCGAUUGGUGGAGACAUUAGUUUUGAGUUUUGCUCAAAAUUUAGAGGAUAUGCUGAAUACGUCUCUUUCAAUUCUGAGCAACAUAUACCUGUUAUAUCGACGAUGAUUCUGCAACAAGCACCUUGGGUCAUCUCAGAGUGCAAUAGAUUCAAUUCCCUCAGCAUCAUGAGGUUCAGCCACAAAGAAAACGGUGAAUCUUUCUCCUUUGACAUCUUUCCAGAUUUUCCCGACCUGAAAGAGCUUAAACUAGUGAACUUAAACAUCCGGAGAAUCCCAUCUGGGAUUUGUCACUUGGAGUUACUAGAGAAGCUGGACCUCAGCGGAAAUGAUUUUGAGAACUUACCAGAAGCUAUGAACAGCCUUUCCCGGUUGAAAACUCUCUGGCUUCGAAACUGCUUCAAACUCGAGGAGUUGCCAAAGCUAACUCAGGUGCAGACACUGACACUUACCAACUGUAGGAACCUUAGAUCAUUGGCGAAACUAUCUGACACAAGUCAAGAUGAGGGAAGAUACUGUUUACUUGAGCUUUGCCUUGAAAACUGCAAGAGUGUUGAAUCAUUGUCAGAUCAGCUUAGCAUGAGCAGCCAUGAUUUUGAGACAUUGCCACCAAGCAUCAGAGAUCUUACCUCAUUGGUAACACUUUGCCUUAAUAACUGCAAGAAACUCAAAUCAGUGGAAAGAAUCCCCACGUCUCUCCAAUUUCUGGAUGCACACGGCUGUGAUUCCCUAGAAGCUGGUUGUGUAGAACAUUUUAAGGACACACCAACCAAAGAGGUCCAAGAAACCGAGAUGCAGAAUUAUGUACUGAAAAACGAAGCCACAAGAAGUCGCCAAAUCAUCCGCAUUCCCAAGAUCACUCAUGCGCUCAUGCUUCUAGGCAUCACGCUGGUGGCUGUUCUUGUGAUUUUGGUCCUGCGUGUUUUGAAGUGA